AUGUCGUUACCCCGAGUGUCGCCGCGGCGGCGAAAGUCUGUCGGACUAAGCGAGCGCAACCUCAAUAACUUCGACGAUGACAACCUCACGCUCCCCGCAACGCUGAAGCCUAAGAAGCGCGGUGUGUCCAUGGGCGGAGACCUGACCUCAUCCAGAUCCUUCGAUGGUCUCAGCGAGAAACAGCGCAUGCGCCGAGCUGCUAGUAUCUUGAAGCUGGCGAACCCCGACGAAGACAACACUGCUGCCUAUGCCGAGACCAUCGACUUCGGAUCGCUGUCCAAAUCACGCCAAAGUCUGGGCGUGGAGAGACGGGUCAGCUUUGCCCCUACCACCCAUGAAGGGGUUAUGAAGCCGAGGCGCAAGUCUUCGAUGGGUAUGAUGAUGUCACGGAACAAGCAGCAGCACGAGUCACCCGCUAGGCCUUCUCUCCCGUCCAUGCCGCGGCGGCGGUCAUCCAUUCCAAAUGUUCAGCCGCCAGCCCCACAGUACUUCGUCGGCGAGGGCGAGGGCGGCGGAGAGGAGUCGAUAGAGCUCGAGUCCGACGAUAGCGCCAAUUCAGACGAGAUCCUCGCCCAGAUCUCGGCUGUGUCGCCAGCGAAGAGCUCCGACAUGUCCGACAGCGAGGACGAGAUGAGUAUGGAUGAGACCGUAAUCGGUGGCGGGAUAGUCCAGUGGGACGAGGCGGACACGGAAGAGGACAGCGAUAUGGACAUCUCGCAGUCGUCAGCUGCGACCGACGACGAAGAGAAGACCAUGGAUUUUACUGUCGCGCUCGGCGAGGUCGUACCAGUUAAAGCGCCCCAGAAUGCGAAGCGCAAUCGCCAGUCCAUCGGAUACUCGCAUCCGCUCGAACCAGGCAUGUUGCCAGUACGCCCCGGAGUAAGCGACGGUCCUGACAAUUCCGCUGAGAUGGAAAUGGAGGAGACGGCAAUCUACGGUGGCAUUUAUGGCGGUAUGCACGAUGACUCGACCAUCAGUUCCAACGACAGUGCUGGCGCCGAGCAUACCGUAACAUAUACCCUCGGACGGAUGGACUUCACUCAAGCCGGCGGCGGCAUCGUCGGCCGCGAGAGCUUGGCGUCUGACGCCUCGUUCGUCACAGCAGGCGGUAUGGACUUCACGGAGGUCGGCGGUGGCAUUAUCGGACGCGAGUCAACAAUCAACCGCGCAGACUUUUCUUACACGAUGGGUGGCGGCAUGGACUUCACCGAAGCGGUAGGCGGCAUCGUUGACGAGCAAACGAUGGCCGGCCAGACCACGACAUCUUACACCACCAGUGGCGGCAUGGACUUCACCAUCGCAGGCGGGGGCAUCAACUACCAGAGCACCGAGGUUUACGGGCGUACAAUGACUACGAAUAUCUUUGCACCCCAGCCCCAGCCGCAGCAGACGCCUGCUCCGAUUCCUCCGGCGACACCGAAGAGCUCGUCAUCGACGCGGGCCCGAUCCGCCAUUCCCGAUGCGCCCGGCUCAACACCUGCGGCGCCGCGCAACCCCUUCGCUCCUCAGCCGGCGACGACCCAGAAACCCACGAUGAAGAACAUCUUCGCGCCUGGCACGCCGGCUCAGGCGACACCUGCGAAGAAGAGCACCCGCCGCAUGUCGACUCCUCGCGCCCCAACACCUGCCCGACCACAAGUAACCGCAACACCGGCGAAACCUCCUACUCGCUCAACAGCUACACCUGCAAAGUCUCCUGCACCGCCGAUAGGCACACCAGGCUUUGCGCGCCCCACAGCCUCCUCUGUGAAGAAGACCGGCACGCCCGCUAAGAGUCCGGCGCCCAAGGCAACCCCGAAACCGCAGAAGCGUAAUGUCUUCGCCCCUUCACCCGAGGAGCUGAACGGCCCCCCGACUCCACGAACAACGGGUAUGCACACUGCCGCCAGCGUUGCCAAGAAGCUUGACUUCACACCCAGUAGUACGAAGGGCACGCCGAACACGACUCCGGCAUCGCGCAUUCCGCUCGCUGCCUCCGUUCAGACUACGCCUCUGACACUGUCCACUCCGGGUAAGAGGAAGAGGGACGAAGAGGACGAGGACGAAGCGGAGGAAGAGGCGCCCUCCCGCAAGCAGCAAGCUGUUGAGGCGCCCGACGCAGACUCAGCCCGAAGCUCGACGUCGGAGGGAAGGGACAGCACGUCCACGAUUCCAACGCCGACACCUUCCGUACCAGCUUCCGCAAGGGCAUCUCCUGCCCCAGCUCCCGCACCGUCACUCUCGACGACUACUGCUGGGCAUGCGUCGCGAUGUAUGUCGGUGGCGCCGUCGCCUGUCCCCGAAGUUCACGUGGAAUCUCCUGCUCUCGGACCGGAGGCUGCGAAUGAAGGGGAGGAGGAUAUGGAGAUUGAGGAGUCGGAGGAGGUUGAGAUGGAAGAAGAGGACGAGGGGGAGGAGGCUGAAGUGGAGGACAACGACCGUGAGAUGACACCGGAGCUCAAACCUGAGGACGAGGAUCGACCCCUGCCCACGAUCACACCGACGCGAAGACGCUCGUCGGUCCCGCGUCCGUCGCUGGGCACCCCGAUGCGCAUGCUCACCGCCGAGACUGCGGGUAUGACGUUGCACCCCUUCGAGACGUCGCGAGAGCGUGCUGCGGCCGCCGCACAGGACGACGCUGCUGCGAAGACGGAGUCUGACGAUGACAACGCCGCCUCUGGUCCCGUGUCGCUCUCGGAGUUCCUGGAAACGGUCGGCGUUCGCUUCCUGGACGACUUAAACCCGCACGUUCAUCAGCCGCGACGGUCUUCCGUUGCUCCGCGUGGCACGCUUUCCGCAGGCGAGGACACGCUGUCGUCUUUCACUGUCGCCAAUGCCGAGACGAUCUACGUGAACAUGUACGACUAUGGGAUCGACCGCAUGUCAUCCGAGCUCGCAAAGUCGCAAGAGGAAAUCGCUUCUUCCACUCGGGUCUGCGACGCCGAUAAUCCUGCAGUCAUGCGCGAGUACUAUGACAGCCCUCCCGAGGAACGGGCACUGUACGAGUCCACGCUGCGGAACUUCAAGGCGAAGGCGCUCCUGCAAGCGCAAGGCGAAUGGUACAGCUGGCGCUUGGAUGUGAUUGAGCGGAUACUGCCCGACUUUACCGCAAUCCACACCGCCAUGGCCGAGGAAGUCGAGCAGCACGCGGUCAACCACGAGGUGGCCGACACGCUGCUCCCGGACCUGGCUGAGCGGCACGCAAGCCUGACGGUGGAGCUGGAGGAGAACAAGAAGCAAGUCGCGGAGAUUCUGGAGAGCGACCCAACCGAGCUGGCAGACCUGAAGGCGGCGGUGGUCGAGCAAGGCGAGGAGAUCACGCGGUUCGAGUCCGAGUUGGCGCAGAAGAGCGCCCAGCUCGCCGAACUCGAGAAGGAGGUCGCGGAGCUCGAGCGGCAAGAGCAGGAACACACCGCCGCGCUCGCAGUCGCCAAGGGCAUGUGCGACGAGUACACGAGCAGCGACAUCCGGCGGCUCCAGUCCGAGCUGUCAGCCAUGCAGGCGCUGCACGGGUGGCGCAUCGUCAAAACCCAGCCGUUCGAGGCAGUGUACGCGAACGAGCUCCUGCUCAAGCUCGACGGCGAGCCGCGCCUCUCGCUCAUGGCCGACGCGGAGGGAGCUACCGACUGCCUCCUGUCUCUGGCGCAGGGCGCGUUGCGCGAGCUCAAGCCGGCGAGUCUCGCCGCCACUGUCCGCGCCGCAGGGCAGCUGUGGACCGCCGCCUCGCGUCUGCGCGCCGAACUGGCCCUGCUUGAGCUGUACUACCCCGCCGCGUUUGAGAUCGCCGAGGGAGAACUGCAGUGCAAGGCGCGCCUCAUGCUGCCGUCGGCCAAGUCGCGGGCGGAUCUCACGUUCGCGAUUGGGCCGCAGACACUGCGCCGCUGGCCCGAGCCCGAGGCUUUUGCCGUCCCUGUCCAUGCAGAGGUCAAGUAUGGUCGCGCACGGGGGGAGAGGCUCGAAGAGGUGGCCAAGGAGACGCUGGCAAGCGCCGUGCCCCACGUCCCCGGCGUGCUGCUGCAGGCUCAUCCCUCCGUCCCAUCUCUCCCUUAA